AUGCCUACAGUGAUCUCUGAAUCACUCUCAAAGAAGACAGCCGAAUCCUCGGUGUCAUCAGUACUUCAUGCGACAGAUUUCUCAGACACCGACAUCCCACCUCUUGGUAAACCUCAGAAUGAGCGCCGGUUCUGGUUUCAGCGUAGGGCGGGUUAUAACCCAGAUGCGAUUGCUACACUGCCAUCUGUCUUCGACGACCCAGAGACUGCAAAAGAGUACCAGCCUCGAGCUGAUUGGGAAAACCUUCAUCGUUUUGAUCCUAAUGCACGAUGGACAUCCGGCGAAGAAUAUAGCUUGAUUCGGAAGAUCGACUUGAGGAUUAUGGUUUUUGCCUGUUUGAUGUUCAUGGCUCUGGAAUUAGACCGUUCCAAUUUACAGCAGGCCCUGACAGACAAUUUUCUCAAGGAUCUGCACAUGAACACAAAUGACUACAACCUUGGAAACACUGUCUUCAAACUUGCAUUCCUCUGUGCAGAGCUGCCGUCUCAACUGGUCAGCAAGUGGGUUGGUCCCGACAGAUGGAUCCCCACUCAAAUGGUCCUUUGGUCGGCAGUGGCCAUGGGUCAGUAUGGCCUUCGUGGUAAAACUGGAUUCCUUGUCUGUCGAGCUCUUCUCGGUGUUUUGCAAGGUGGGUUCAUUCCAGAUGUCAUCCUCUAUCUCUCGUAUUUCUACAAGCACCAUGAGUUAUCCCUGAGAUUGGGGUUCUUUUGGACUGCUAUGAACAUUGCCGAUAUUAUUGCGGGAUUUCUAGCCUUUGGGCUUUUACACCUCCGUGGCGUACAGGGUCAAUCCGGCUGGAGAUGGUUGUUUCUAAUCGAGGGUCUUAUCACUCUCCUAUUUGGGCUUUCAGCUUACAUAUUAAUGCCUCCGGGACCCUGCCAAACUGCAAAUUGGUCACGCGGGAAAGACGGCUGGUUCACCCCUCGAGAGGAAACAAUCAUAGUUAACCGCGUGAUCCGCGACGAUCCCAGUAAGGGUACCAUGCAUAAUCGGCAACCUAUCACACCAAAAUUGCUUUGGAAGAGUCUCUGUGAUUUUGAUCUCUGGCCUCUAUACAUUAUUGGCCUCACUUUCGAGACACCGAUGACAACACCUAAGCAAUACCUGACUCUAACAUUGCGCAACAUGGGUUUCAAUACCUUUGUUUCGAAUCUUCUUGCCAUCCCGAACACGGUUAUUUCUAUAAUCCUCAUGCUAUUCAUCACGUAUCUCGCGGAGGUCACUGGACAAUUGACCUGGGUAUCCCUUCUCGGUCAGAUAUGGACAUUGCCUUUCGUGGUGUAUCUGUAUGUUGUGGAUACAACCACCGCGAACAAAUGGGUCGUCUGGGCAAUUGUCACAUUGCUCUUAGGUUUCCCGAACGCACAUCCCAUCCAGGUCGGUUGGAACUCUCGUAAUUCAAACACUGUCCGAUCUCGGACGGUCUCGGCCGCCAUGUACAACAUGUGUGUCCAAGCAUCUGGGAUUAUUGCAUCCAACAUCUAUCGUGCCGAUGAUGCUCCCCGCUACCGACGAGGCAAUCGAGUACUUGUGGCUCUGGUGGUCACAAAUAUUGCUAUCUAUGUGAUGACAAAGGCAUACUAUGUCUGGCGAAACAAAAGCCGUGAUAAGAAGUGGAAUGCCAUGUCACAUCAGGAGAAAGUACAUUACUUAGAAACCACCAAGGAUGAGGGAAGUGGUAGAUUAGACUUCCGGUUUGCCCACUGA